AGGGACAGCUGAGUUGGAAGGGGAAAGUGUUUUACUUGAGUGUGUGUGUGUCUCCCCAAGGGAGGUUUGGAACAUUCUGGUGGGGAAAGUUUUCAGCUCUUCUAAAGAUGCAGAGAUGUGAGAAUGACAACCGCCCUUUCAAGCAAAGGAAAAGUUUAGCAACUCGAAUGCGUGAAGCGGAUGACAUCCAGAACAGAUAUCCAAACAAGAUCCCGGUAGUGGUGGAGCGCUACCGGAAGGAGAAGACCCUCCCCCUGAUGGACCGGACAAAGUUCUUGGUUUCACAGGACCUAUCCUUGUCUCAGUUCGUCUUCAGCCUGAGAACCCGUCUGUCCCUGACAUCCACCCAGGCCUUCUAUCUGCUGGUGAACAACAAGAACCUGCCCAGCCUGAGUCUGACCAUCUCUGAAAUCUACCGUGACAACAAGGAUGAAGAUGGCUUCCUCUACAUGACCUAUGCGUCUCAAGAGAUGUUUGGUCAUGAUGGUUGUGGCCCAGGCCAAUGAAGCCAUGCCAUGGAAGCACUGCGCAGUCCUUCAGUCCCUUCUCUCUCUUUUUUUAAAAAAACAACAACUGCUCUUUUGUGUGAAUGGCAUGGGGGAAUACUCACAUUGGGCCAGGCUCUGCUUUUGUGGCUCUGUCCCUGAGACGGCUUAACUACCUUGCAUUUGUAUCUGUCUGAAAAGACUCCUGGGUGAUGUAGUGCUUGGGGGUCAUGGACUCUUACCAGCUCAGCAGAGUCACUACUCUAAUCCACUGCCAGCUUAUUCUUUUUAAACUAGCUUUGUUCCUCUAUCUCUUUUCUCUCUUUUUAAAAAAAAAGCUUCACUUCAUGUUUUGCACAGAACAAGUCUGACUUUUAACAAAGCUCAUUGGCCUAGUAGGGGAUCUGGAGGGUUUCACUAUUGCAAGUUUUAACUGCACAGCUGUUUAGUUACUGCAUCUCUCUCUCUUUUUUAAAAGUCCCUUGAGGCUACAAUAAAGAAAUAAAUGGAUUCAAUAUACUCA